UGCGGUGUCGCUCCACCACUACCAACCACCUCCCCCCCACGGCUCAGAAUGAUUGUGGUGCAGUCCGCACCGCUCAGUUAUUCGACGGCUGUCCCCGCGUCGGCAUCUUCCCGAGUCGCAGACGGUGGCCAACGCGCCAGGCAAUCGAAAGCAUUGGCUCAGAACGAACGAGAAAAUGGACAAUCAGGACUCUGUGAAGGUAGCAUCAAGCACAGACCUGGACUUUCCAUCCCAGAUCUUGGAGUAUAUCGAAGGCUUCAGAAAGUCAAAGGCAAUGUUCACGGCGUGCGAGCUGGGAGUCUUCGACUUCCUGGAGAGCCCCGAGGGCCGAACGGGAGCCACGGCGGAGGCGGUGGCCGGAGCAUUGGACGGGGCCGGCCCCACCAGCGUGGAUGGUCUGGGCCGGCUGCUGGACGCCUGCGUCGGCAUGGGGCUGUUGAACAUCAGCGUCCGCGGAGACCAAUUCGUGUACAGCAACACGGAGCAGGCGAGUGCCUUCCUGUGUCGUCACAGUCCCAAGUCGAUGCACGACAUCAUCAUCUACAACUCGGCCACCAUCUACCCGCUGUGGCAGCACCUCCCCGCUGCAGUCUUAGAGGGACAAAAUCAGUAUGAGAAAACCUUUGGAGUCUCUAACGCUGACCUCUUUGGGGCAAUGUACAGGUCGGACGAUGAGAUGAUGAAGUUCAUGAAGCUAAUGAACGGCAUCUGGGCCGUUAACGGCCAUGCGGUCCUCACUGCUUUUGACCUCUCACCCUUCAAGGAUGUGUACGACCUAGGAGGGUGCACGGGGGCCCUGGCGCUGCAGCUCGCCGAGAUUCACCCCGACUCACGGGUCACCGUCUUCGACCUCCCGCCCGUCGUGGAGGUGGCGCGGAAGCACUUCCUCGCCUCCGGCACCGUGCAGCUGCAAGGAGGCGAUUUUUUCAAAGAUGAGAUCCCGCAGGGCGACCUGUACAUCCUGGCACGGAUCCUACACGACUGGUCCAAGGAGCAGUGCAUGCAGCUGCUGGGCAGCAUCUACUCCAGCUGCCGGCCGGGAGGUGGUUUGCUCGUGGUGGAGUGCCUGCUGGCGGAGGACCGGCGGGGCCCCAUCUCGGUGCAACUCUACUCGCUCAACAUGCUGGUGCAGACCGAGGGCCGCGAGCGCUUCGCCUCCGAGUAUACGGCCAUGCUCACCGAAGUUGGCUUCCGCGAUAUCCGUGUGGCCAACACAGGCAAGCUCUACAAUGCCAUCCUAGGGCGCAAGUGAAGAGCUCCACAACGCCAUCCUAGCCCGCAAAUGAGGAGCUCUACAAUGCCAUCUUAGCACGCAAGUGAAGAGCUGUACAGUGCCAUCCUAGCUCGUAAGUGAGGAGCUGUACAACGCCAUCCUCGCCCGCAAGUGAGCGGCCCUCCAAAGCCAUCCUGUUGGAUUGGAAUUAGUGAAGAUUGCCAAUGGUGAGUGCCGGCGGGUGGCUUCAUGCAUUCACUCGUGCGAACGUAGGUCUCUAAAAGGACUCGGCAUUCAUGAAGACUGUGGAGGCAUCCUGAUAUUCUGAAAGUGGCUGUCAAGGGAAUGUUUGAAAUCUAGAUGUUUAAAGCAAGGUGCAAAAGAGCUGUAUGUUAUAGGUAUUUGGGGUGUGCCAAUGGACUAAUACAAUUAUUACUAUUGAUUCUUUGGCAGAAUUCUGUAAAAAGUCAAAUAAAUGUGCAACCAAAUCAAUAGGUAAACUUGACAAAAAGACAGCACAAUUCCUCACAAUGUUCUCCCCCUAAUUCCCAACAACGAUCCUGUAACUCGCACCCAUUGUUCCCACACCACAGCAAAUGUACCCAGUCGUGAAAGGCGACCCAUUAGUUUGGGGAAAAUUUUGGCCGUUGCACAUUGAGGCUGCUCAUAAAACCAGUGUGUUGUGCUGUAAUGUAAACCGAUUGCUUCACAUACAGAUACCGUUACAGAGGAGCAGGGAUGAUAUAGUUUCCUCAACACGAGCUGUAGCAGGGGGGUGUCGUUCGACAUCAGCCUACGCCGACUCUAAACUAAGCUAUACACUAUUUUUGUAUUUGACCAGGUAAGGCUCUUCUUUAGAAGUGGCUUGUCAUGUGGACAUUUUUAACAGCCACAUACUCGCAACCUCAACGUAUGUUUAUAAAUGUGGAGGGAAAACCAGGAGGACCCGGAGGAAUAUACAGACGUCAGGGUCGCAAUUGUUAGCCACAACCUCCUGCAUAUCAGGCGAGGGAAUUAACACCACUAUAGAGGUACAAGUAAUGAGAUAGUUUCCUAAAAGCUAGAUGUAGCCCGGGGGAUUUCCAAUGAUGCCAGAGGAAUCUCUCCGACUCCCUUUCGACAUCAGCCGUGCGCCGACUCAAAACCCCAAGGAUGGAA